AAACCACAACGACUGAGAACCAAACGAACUCAGAAUAAGAUGAAAUUCGCAAUUCUUCUACUGGCGGCCAGCAUUGCCUGCAUCAGCGCUCAGGGACCUGGAGGUCUUGUUGCUGGCAAUCCCCUGGCCGGAAAUCCCUUUGCCGCUGCCAAUCCCUACGCAGCUGCCUUUAAUCCCUUCCUGAAUGGACUUUUCGGUGGUGCUGGCACCGGAGCUGCCGCAGGAGUAGCUGCCCCAGUUGCCCCAUCCGCUCCGUUUGGCGGCGCCUCGAUUUCCUCCUUCUUCCAGGCGAUCGUCCUGCAACGGGAGGCGGAGCGUCUGCUGUCCCAGCCCGAUUUCCCCACCGAUCUGGCCGAGCGUGUCCAGGAAGUGGUGGCCAGUUCGCAGGAGGCGAUCAGCGGUUGCGACAACGUCACUCUCCCUUGGCUGCAGAUCCGCUGCGUGAAGCCCCUGCUCUCCACCGCCAAGAACCAGCUCAAGGUCAUCGAUGACGAGUGGCAGGCGCGCCUCGCAGCCGCCACCACCCCCGCAGCCUCCACUGCCUAGGAUCCUUCCAAGACCUGUCCCUUUCAAGCUGCCCCACUUAAUAUCCAAUAUAACCUAGCUAAGCAAUCGACCAACAUAGAUGCAAUAAAAUUUAAAUAAGCUUAAUGCAGGAA